AUGAUGUUCCCAAGCCUGAUCGCUCCUCCCGCCGUGUACCCGAAUCUCCUGCGGCCAACGCCCACUCUGACUUUGCCUCAGUCGCUGCAAUCCGCCUUUUCCAGCCAUUCCAGCUUCUUGGUGGAAGACCUCAUAAGGAUCAGCAGGCCGACCAGUUACCUGCCCCGAAGCAGCGCCCCUCCGCCCAGCAUGUCCCCUCCCGUCUCCGGCGCCAGCACCGGCGGGACUGACACAGUGGCCCCCGAGAUGGUCGCUUCCACCCCUGCCGUGACUAUACGGGGCUGCUCCUCGCAGACCUCCGCUUCUUCCAGUAACGACGCCACUUUCCUGAAGUUUGGGGUCAACGCUAUCCUGGCAUCGACACCGAGGACAGAGACUCCCCACGCGCUGAUUCAGAACGUCCCACCCAAGACCUUCUCCUUCCCGUACUUCGAAGGAUCCUUCCAACCUUUCCUCCGAUCUUCUUAUUUCCCAGCCUCCUCAGUGGUUCCUAUCCCUGGCACAUUUUCUUGGCCUUUGGCUGCCCGAGGAAAGCCACGCAGAGGAAUGCUCCGCAGGGCAGUCUUCUCAGAUGUGCAGCGCAAAGCUCUGGAGAAAAUGUUUCAGAAACAGAAAUACAUCAGCAAACCAGACAGAAAGAAGCUGGCAGCCAAGCUGGGCCUGAAAGACUCUCAGGUGAAGAUCUGGUUCCAGAACAGAAGAAUGAAGUGGAGGAACUCCAAAGAAAGAGAGCUCUUGUCCUCUGGUGGUUGCCGGGAACAAACCUUACCCACCAAGUUCAAUCCUCACCCAGAUCUCAGUGAUGUAGGCAAGAAAGGGGAGGAGGAAGAGGAAACAGCAUCCCUCCUUUGCCCAGCCAGCCCCAGGCAUACUUUAACCUAUCAUCACCAGUCCACAGACCAUCCGCACCUGAGAGAGAGGCUGGAUUCCCAGAUGCUCCCCUCUCCAACCCAUUCCAGAAGCCCCUGCAAACCAUCAGACUUCUCAGAUUCAGAAGAGGAAGAGGAGGAGGAGGGGGAGGAUGAAGAAGAAGAGAUAACAGUCUCAUAG